AUUCAUUCAUUCACAACACAAAACGACGAAGAAAAGUUUGAAUUGAAUGUUGAACCUUCCAUUCCAGUAAGUAUCAAGAAAGGUCGUGCUGUUGAAUUUACUGUUUCUGUUCAUCCACUGUGUACACCUGAGAAGACUGUUGACAUUACUUGUUCAGUCUUAAACAUCAACAAAGGCAAAAUAUCAGAGAUUAAAAUUCCCGUCAAAUUUGCGUCAGAAAUGUCGACAGCACUUGACCCAGACGAGUUGAAGAAAAAGCGAAAACUUGGAGAAGGAAGUUUUGGGAUUGUGUACAAAGGUACAUAUCGAGGAAAUGUUGUUGCCAUCAAAGAGAUGAAGGAAAUGGUUGUCGCAAAAUUAGGAGCAAAAGGGUUUACAAAGAAUUCGACUGUUGAAAGUUCAAGUCGUAAUUUGGCAAAGAACACAACAAAAAGUACGACGAAAAAUAACACGACUAACAACUCUUCGAUGACAACAAGAGACAAAACCGCUGCUGAGAAACAGAUGGAUAAGAAGAUGGACGAGUUUAGAAAGGAAGUUGCGAUGUUGGCCAAAUUUGUGAGUCCAUAUCUCAUAAGAUUCUAUGGAGCGUGUUUCAUCCCAAAUCGGAUAUGUAUGGUCACUGAAUUGGCAAAAUAUGGCAGUCUGCAAGACAUGAUGAAACAUAAAAAGUCUGGCGAAAUUGUCAUGAAAAUGCGAAUCAAACUGAUGUUGGACACGGCUAAGGGAAUUCAGUAUUUACACGCAAAUAACACUCUUCACAGAGACAUCAAGUCAGACAACACACUUGUAACUUCACUUGAUUUUAACGACGAAGUUAAUGGAAAAUUGACUGAUUUUGGAGCGUCAAGAAACGUCAACAGUCUGUGUGAUAACAUGAUGUACACGAAAGGUAUUGGUACACCAAAGUUUAUGGCACCUGAAAUCACAAAUGUCGAGAAGUAUACACUUUCAGCAGACGUGUACUCAUUUGCGAUUACUGUUUUGGAAUGUUUGACAUGGAAAGACCCGUUUGAUGAAAAGCUAUUUCCAUACAGUUGGGAUAUCACCAAUUUGAUUUCCAAAGGAGAACGACCGGCAAUUGAAUUGGG